AUGUUCCUCACCAGCGCUAUAGGCAACCUUUCCUACUUGGGCGUUUCAGCCCUGGUGGCCACGUUGCUAAGCGGCUAUGUUGUUUCCAUGGCCGUCUACAGACUGUUCUUCCAUCCUUUAGCCAAGUAUCCGGGACCCUUUUGGUGCAAAAUCUCUGGCUGGCCAGCACAUUAUCAUACGUCGAAGCAGAACCGCCACGUUUGGCUGUGGUCGCUUCAGCAGCAAUAUGGACCAACUUUCCGAUAUACCCCGGACAAGCUCUCGGUGAACACUCCAACUGGCCUCAAGGAAAUCUACAACCCCAAGGCCAAUGUUGGCAAGGGGGACUAUUACGGGGUCUACCCUCGGUCGCCCGAGGCUGUUACCACCUGGAACACCACCUCCAAGGAGACUCACAACCGCAAGCGCCGUGUCAUGAACAAUGCCUUCUCGGACAAGGCGCUGCGCAACGCAGAGCCCUUCGUCCAUGCCAACUUGAACCGCUGGUGUGAUCUUAUCAAGGGGGAAAUCGACAAGAAUGGCGGCGAGUGGUCUGGGUCUCUCAACAUGGCUGACUGGACCAGUCAUCUGAUCUUCGACAUCCUCGGCGACCUCUGUUUCGGCAAGUGCUUUGACAUGAAGGAGCAUGACAGCAAGCUUCGCUAUGUCCCCGGCCUAAUGAUUGAGUUCAUGGCAGUCACCCACCCAAUUGCCUUCUCCCCUUUAGCUGCAAUCUGGGUCUGGCUCAAACCACGCGGGCUCAACUCCCUGCUCACUUUGGCCCUCCCUCCCGCUCUCGCCGACUGGGCGGGAUUUGUGCAGAAGUGCUUUGAGGAGCGCGCCAAAGUCGAGGAGGAUAUCAAGUCCCAAGAUAAACCCGAGUCGGACAUCCGCAAAGACUUCUUCCACUACCUCGUCAGCGCUACCGACCCGAACGGCAAGCCCAGCUAUGGAAGUGACGAGCUCUUCGGUGAGAGCGAGUCGCUCAUCAUCGCCGGCAGCGACACCACGGCCACCUCCACCGCCGCCGCUACUUUCUACCUGGUGCGCAACCCCGAAGUCCAGGCAAGGCUGGCAGCCGAGGUUCGCCAGGCGUUCCCAUCAGUUGAGGACAUCAAGGGCGGCGACCUGCUGCAGAAGCAGUGCAAGUACCUCCAGGCUUUCAUCAAAGAGAGCCUGCGCAUGAGCCCUCCCACGCCGGCCGAUAUGCCGCGCGAGAUUGGGCCCGGUGGCAUCUCCAUCGAUGGAGAGUACGUGCCUCAGGGCGUGGUGCUCAGCACAUGCGCCUUCUGCCUCCACCAUAGCAAGGAUCUCUAUGACGAGCCCUUCACCUUCCGCCCGGAACGUUGGAUCGUGGGCGAGAAGGGCAGCACGGUCGAGAGCGUGGCGCGCGCGGACAGCGGGUACAUGCCCUUCUCGGCCGGCCCGCGAAGCUGCCCCGGCAAGAACCUGGCGUAUCUCGAGAUGAGCGUCGUCAUUGCGAAACUGGUUCACCAGUUCGAGCUGAGGCAGGACCCGAAGAGUGGUAACUUGGGCGGAGGCAGCCCUGAUAAUAUUGAGGGUCGUCGGGAGGCUGAUCAGUACCAGUUGUAUGACAUAUUCGUCAGCAUGCGAUACGGUCCUGUGGUGCAGUUCAAGAGGAGGGCUUAA